AGAAAAUGUCAGUUUAUUCUUCAAGCUAUACUGCUUGGCAGUGAUGACUCUGGUGGCUGCAGCUUAUACCGUAGCUUUAAGAUACACAAGGACAACAGCUAAAGAACUCUACUUUUCAACCACAGCCGUGUGUGUCACAGAAGUUAUAAAGUUACUGAUAAGUGUUGGACUUUUAGCUAAAGAAACUGGAAGUUUGGGUAGAUUUAAGGCAUCUUUAAGUGAAAACGUCUUGGGGAGCCCCAAGGAACUGAUGAAGUUAAGUGUGCCAUCACUGGUGUAUGCUGUUCAGAAUAACAUGGCUUUCCUAGCUCUUAGUAAUUUGGAUGCAGCAGUAUACCAGGUUACCUAUCAACUGAAGAUUCCCUGUACUGCUUUAUGUACCGUUUUAAUGUUAAAUCGAACACUCAGCAAAUUACAGUGGGUUUCAGUUUUUAUGCUGUGUGGUGGGGUCAUACUUGUACAAUGGAAACCAGCACAAGCUACAAAAGUUGUGGUAAUAGCUAUUGCUAUAUUUCCAUGCUCUUUUUUUCUAGGAGUUUAUUUUGAAAAAGUUUUAAAGAGUUCAGAUACUUCCCUUUGGGUGAGAAACAUUCAAAUGUAUCUGUCAGGGAUCGUGGUGACGUUAGUUGGUACCUACUUAUCAGAUGGAGCUGAAAUAAAAGAAAAAGGAUUUUUCUAUGGUUACACGUAUUAUGUCUGGUUUGUCAUCUUCCUUGCUAGUGUUGGAGGCCUCUACACUUCUGUUGUGGUCAAGUACACAGACAACAUCAUGAAAGGCUUCUCAGCAGCUGCAGCCAUUGUUCUUUCUACCAUUGCUUCAGUGAUGCUGUUUGGAUUACAGAUAACACUUUCCUUUGCAAUGGGAGCUCUUCUUGUAUGCAUUUCCAUAUAUCUCUAUGGGUUACCCAGGCAAGACACUACCUGCAUUCAACAAGAAGCAACUUCAAAAGAAAGAGUCAUUGGUGUGUGAUUGGAAUCUUAAGAUACUCCUAUAACGACUAAACUGUCAAUAAUAAAUUAGAGCCUUAAGUCAACCCCAGAUGGUAGCUUAAACAAUAUCAACAAAAUUACUGUAUGGCAUUAAGGAUCAAGAAGAAAACUGUAUGAGUGAAAUGCUUAAACAGAUUUAAUUUUAGAGUGUUUGGUAUCAAGCUGUAUUAUUUCAGAAUGAAGGACUUUACUACAGAGAGAGAGUGUGUGUGCAUGUGUGUAUGUAUACUGUGUACACAGAGCAUGGAGUUUACAUGGUAUCAAGAGGCAUGCACAGAGGAGACAACACAGGGUUAGAACAUCAGGUGAAACUACAAUAUUCAAUCAAGGUUUAAGAUUUGGUAUCUGAAGGUUCAAGUGCCAAAGCCAUUUCUGUCCACACUGUUCUCUCGUUCAGGUACCAGGAGGGGAAGCUUAGCCUUCCUUGUUGUCCAGUUCAUGGAUAGUACUUUGUCCCUGUAGUAGCAAAAAAUCUAGCUGCUUUUAUCAAAGUGAAGAAUGAAUAAGAUAAGACAGUUCAGAACAAAACCAGUGUGUAACUUCUAAAACAGAACCUAUUUCAUGGCUCAGACACUGACUUCUGUCUGGGUAAUGACUGAGAACUUCAGUGCUGUAUUUGUGCCAUUUACUGUCUGGUUCAUAUUUCUUUGCUGUUAGCUGAUAUACUUUUCAGAAAAUUUUCUAAGUCGCUUUUAUACUUUCUUUUUUAUAAAGUAUGGUUACCUGUUGGGCUCUCAAUUUGUGAACUUUAAGUGAUUUAAAAUAUUUCUAUAAUGUUAACGGGGAAAUCCAGCAAUAAAUUUAUUUAUAUCA